AUGGUUUUCGACUCCCCAAGAGAACCCUCAGUCUACGCCUUGUCCAGGAAGCCCUGCCUUAACCCUGACCCUCACUUCCUGUGUGUCUCCCCUCUCCCCCCGCCCAGUGCACAACCCUCACAUUCUUUCUGCCCCCAGAGGGUCAGCAAGUGGGCAGGUGCCCAGUGUGCCAACUGCCAGACAACCACCACGGCAGUGUGGCGGAUGAAUGCCAAUGGAAACCCCGUGUGCAAUGCCUGUGGACUCUAUUACAAGCGACACCAGGCGAACCGACCAGUGACUAUGCGGAAGGAUGUUGUAAAGACUAGAAAGCGCAAGACAUCACAGCAAAAAAAGAAGCCAGCGUCAAGUCUGGGAGGCCCAGGACCAGCUGAUGGGCCAGCGGGUGGCUCCAUGGACGGGGGCAGAGAUGGUGGGAAUUCUGGGGAGGUGGCCUCAGGCUUGACAUUGGACCCACCAGGCACUGCCCAGCUCUACCAAGGCCCGGGCCCCGAGGAGUUGUCAGGGCCUGUCAGCCACCUCAUGCCUUUCCCCGGGCCCCUGUUGGGCUCACCCACAGGCCCCAUGCCUCCCUCCACCAGCACCACUGUGGAGGCGCCACUCAGCCCAUGAGGACACAGAACAUGUCCCCAGAGCAGGGUUGGGGUCCCUCUCUACAAUGAGCCAGCAGUCCCUCUACAGCCCAACCCUCUGGGCCCCCACACCCCUUGGUCUGGAUUGUCAAAGAUUUGUGAAAUAAAGCACCCAUGUCCUAAAGUUGGAGGUGUGAGUCUGAGUGGGACUGAAUAAAGAGCCGUGGUAGGUGGAUAUGCAAAGGGCCUGUGGUUCUGUGGCGAUGGCGUG